AACAGCUGAAAGGGUGGCAACUUCUCCUCCUGCAGCCGGGAGCGGCCCGCCUGCCUCCCUGCGCACCCGCAGCCUCCCCCGCUGCCUCCCUAGGGCUCCCCUCCGGCCGCCAGCGCCCAUUUUUCAUUCCCUAGAUAGAGAUACUUUGCGCGCACACACAUACAUACGCGCGCAAAAAGGAAAAAAAAAAAGCCCACCCUCCAGCCUCGCUGCAAAGAGAAAACCGGAGCAGCCGCAGCUCGCAGCCCGCAGCCCGCAGAGGACGCCCAGAGCGGCGAGCGGGCGGGCAGACGGACCGACGGACUCGCGCCGCGUCCACCUGUCGGCCGGGCCCAGCCGAGCGCGCAGCGGGCACGCCGCGCGCGCGGAGCAGCCGUGCCCGCCGCCCGGGCCCCGCGCCAGGGCGCACACGCUCCCGCCCCCCCACCCGGCCCGGGCGGGAGUUUGCACCUCUCCCUGCCCGGGUGCUCGAGCUGCCGUUGCAAAGCCAACUUUGGAAAAAGUUUUUUGGGGGAGACUUGGGCCUUGAGGUGCCCAGCUCCGCGCUUUCCGAUUUUGGGGGCCUUUCCAGAAAAUGUUGCAAAAAAGCUAAGCCGGCGGGCAGAGGAAAACGCCUUUAGCCGGCGAGUGAAGACGAACCAUCGACUGCCGUGUUCCUUUUCCUCUUGGAGGUUGGAGUCCCCUGGGCGCCCCCACACGGCUAGACGCCUCGGCUGGUUCGCGACGCAGCCCCCCGGCCGUGGAUGCUCACUCGGGCUCGGGAUCCGCCCAGGUAGCGGCCUCGGACCCAGGUCCUGCGCCCAGGUCCUCCCCUGCCCCCCAGCGACGGAGCCGGGGCCGGGGGCGGCGGCGCCCGGGGGCCAUGCGGGUGAGCCGCGGCUGCAGAGGCCUGAGCGCCUGAUCGCCGCGGACCCGAGCCGAGCCCACCCCCCUCCCCAGCCCCCCACCCUGGCCGCGGGGGCGGCGCGCUCGAUCUACGCGUCCGGGGCCCCGCGGGGCCGGGCCCGGAGUCGGCAUGAAUCGCUGCUGGGCGCUCUUCCUGUCUCUCUGCUGCUACCUGCGUCUGGUCAGCGCCGAGGGGGACCCCAUUCCCGAGGAGCUUUAUGAGAUGCUGAGUGACCACUCGAUCCGCUCCUUUGAUGAUCUCCAACGCCUGCUGCAUGGAGACCCCGGAGAGGAAGACGGGGCCGAGUUGGACCUGAACAUGACCCGCUCCCACUCUGGAGGCGAGCUGGAGAGCUUGGCUCGUGGAAGAAGGAGCCUGGGUUCCCUGACCGUUGCUGAGCCGGCCAUGAUCGCCGAGUGCAAGACGCGCACCGAGGUGUUCGAGAUCUCCCGGCGCCUCAUAGACCGCACCAACGCCAACUUCCUGGUGUGGCCGCCCUGCGUGGAGGUGCAGCGCUGCUCCGGCUGCUGCAACAACCGCAACGUGCAGUGCCGCCCCACCCAGGUGCAGCUGCGACCUGUCCAGGUGAGAAAGAUCGAGAUUGUGCGGAAGAAGCCAAUCUUUAAGAAGGCCACGGUGACGCUGGAAGACCACCUGGCAUGCAAGUGUGAGACAGUGGCAGCUGCACGGCCUGUGACCCGAAGCCCGGGGGGUUCCCAGGAGCAGCAAGCCAAAACGCCCCAAACUCGGGUGACCAUUCGGACGGUGCGAGUCCGCCGGCCCCCCAAGGGCAAGCACCGGAAAUUCAAGCACACGCAUGACAAGACGGCACUGAAGGAGACCCUCGGAGCCUAGGGGCAUCGGCAGGAGAGUGUGGGCAGGGUUAUUUAAUAUGGUAUUUGCUGUAUUGCCCCCAUGGGGUCCUUGGAGUGAUAAUAUUGUUUCCCUCGUCCGUCUGUCUCGAUGCCUGAUUCGGACGGCCAAUGGUGCUUCCCCCACCCCUCCACGUGUCUGUCCACCCUUCCAUCAGCGGGUCUCCUCCCAGCGGCCUCCGGCGUCUUGCCCAGCAGCUCAAGAAGAAAAAGAAGGACUGAACUCCAUCGCCAUCUUCUUCCCUUGACUCCAAGAACUUGGGAUAAGAGUGUGAGAGAGACUGAUGGGGUCGCCGUUUGGGGGAAACAGGCUCCUUCCCCUGCACCUGGCCUGGGCCACACCUGAGCGCUGUGGACUGUCCCGAGGAGCCCUGAGGACCUCUCAGCAUAGCCUGCCUGGUCCCUGAACCCCUGGCCAGCUCUGAGGGGAGGCACCUCCAGGCGGGCCAGGCUGCCUUGGACUCCGUGGCUAAGACCACAGACGGGCACACAGACUGGAGAAAACCCCUCCCACGGUGCCCAAACACCAGUCACCUCGUCUCCCUGGUGCCUCUGUGCACAGUGGCUUCUUUUUGUUUUCGUUUUGAAGACGUGGACUCCUCUUGGUGGGUGUGGCCAGCACACCAAGUGGCUGGGUGCCCUCUCAGGUGGGUUAGAGAUGGAGUUUGCUGUUGAGGUGGCUGCAGAUGGUGACCUGGGCAUCCCCUGCCUCCUGCCACCCCUUCCUCCCCACACUCCACUCUGAUUCACCUCUUCCUCUGGUUCCUUUCAUCUCUCUACCUCCACCCUGCAUUUUCCUCUUGUCCUGGCCCUUCAGUCUGCUCCACCAAGGGGCUCUUGAACCCCUUAUUAAGGCCCCAGAUGAUCCCAGUCACUCCUCUCUAGGGCAGAAGACUAGAGGCCAGGGCAGCAAGGGACCUGCUCAUCAUAUUCCAACCCAGCCACGACUGCCAUGUAAGGUUGUGCAGGGUGUGUACUGCACAAGGACAUUGUAUGCAGGGAGCACUGUUCACAUCAUAGAUAAAGCUGAUUUGUAUAUUUAUUAUGACAAUUUCUGACAGAUGUAGGUAAAGAGGAAAA